UCCCAGCAUACUUUCGUCCACUCCUUUCCGAUUUCUACAGAGCGAUGAAAUGAUCAAGAUAUCGGCGCACCCAGUGUCUUGACACUUGACCCCAACCGUGACAACGUACGGAGCCUGGCACUCGAUCGCUGUCUCUCCUGGAAUCCUGGUAUCUAAGAAGCGAUUACCGCAGCGCGCUACUAUCUCAGUCCAGUAGUCGACCAGGAAAAUGAAACUCCCUCCUCCCGAAGUGCUUCUUAGCUGGCCCACGCCGAAUUACAUUAAUCCUCCCACUCGCAGUCAUGGCGUGCUCAUUGCAAGCAUUAUCUUCUUGGCUUUAUCGACUAUCAUAACUGCCCUUCGGUUAUAUACCCGGCUACGAAUUACGCGCACAGCUGGUCUGGACGACAUUCUAGUCGUCCUGGGGCUGGGCUUCGGAAUCGGCAUGGCCGUUGUCUUAUGCUUAGCAACAGAAGACUGGGGCUGGGUCAGACAUAUAUGGGACGUGCCGCUGGAUUGGAUACCGAUGGUCUCCAAACUAAAUCUCAUAUUCCAGAUCUUCUUUUCUUUGUCUUGCUCCUUGACAAAGCUUUCACUAUUAUGGUUCUGCAAGCGCCUCCUCAUUGUUGGCAACAAGGGCAUCUAUUCGACAUACAACAUCGCCAUGAUAGUAGGCAUGGUGGUUGUGGCCGUUUCCAGCGCGCUUUUUGUCCUUAUCAGUAUCUUCCAAUGCCGACCGAUCAAGGCAUACUGGGAUCUAGAGCCCAAAUACCCGCACACUUGUCUCAAUGACGGAGCCAUAGUCUUUUCCGCCAGUACCAUCAACAUCUUCACGGAUGUCUUGACCACUAUCCUGCCCAUGCCGUUGAUCUGGAAACUGAAGCUGCCCGCUCGGCAGCGCCUUGCUGUGAUGGGUAUUUUUGGUCUGGGAAUUAUUGUUGACGUCGCUGGCGCAAUACGGACAUACUACGUCUGGCAGAGUAUGAUUGCCUCCUACGACACCACUUGGAAAGGGUGGCCUGUCUUGCUGGCAGCAACGGUGGAAAUCAACCUCGGCCUGAUUUGCGCCUCUGCUCCAGCAUUACGACCACUGGUCAACUUUUUCAUCCCCCGUCUUCUUGGCACCUCAUAUCGCUACGGUUCGGAUCGCGGAUACCGCUCGAGAAAUUUCGAGAACUCGCGCCAGUCGUGGAGGCUCAAGUCAUUGACUGGAAACUCGUCGAAACCAUCUAGGCAUUCGAACUUCUACAAUGUCGAUGCAAAAAUAUCCAGUGAUCACCUGAAGGUUUUCCGGACCGUCGAGAUGGAGACGCAUAGCGAGAGUCGCACGUCUUAUGAUCCAACCGGGACCGCCUGUGAUAUCACCAGCCGACCUCAAUCUCCGAUUGGGGACGUCGCGCGUCUCACCAACGACAGUGAAACUCUCAAAAACCCUACGUUGAGCGAAAGGUCAAUAUCGCCUCCGACUCCGUCUAUACGAAGUGAUGUAAGGAGUAUUCCCAGCCGUCACACGAAGGAAUCACUCUACACAAAUAACGAGUACAUGUAA